AGACUUCACCAGCUCCGGCCAGAAGAACCUUACAUAACCAAAAUUAGGUUUCUAAGAAGGAAAAUAGAAAGGGUGGAUUUUAUGUAUAAGAAAUGACAUCGGUUGAUAAAAUAUAUAUUUCUAUAAUAAUAUAUAUAAUCGUUGCUGUUUUAGUAGUAGAAAAAGGAGAAUCACAGGCAUACAAAAGAGAUCCAGGUCAUCCACAAUGGCAUCACAGCGCUUUUCAAGAUGUUAAAGAAAGUGUUCGAUCUGAUGUUCGUACUAUGCUUCAUUCUCGUGCCGAGGUUCCCUUCCAAGUCCCACUUGAAGUAAAUGUGGUUCUGAUUGGUUUCAGUGGAGAUGGGGGUUAUAGAUACAAAAUGGAUUCGCAGAAACUGGAAGAGUUUCUGCGAGUGGGCUUUCCAUCUCACAGGCCCUCGUGUCUAGAGACUGGCGAACCCCUUGACAUUGAGCAUCACAUGGUGUUCAAUGCAUUUCCGGCGGCGCAGCCAGAACUGAUAGCACUCGAAAAGGCUCUGAAAGAAGCCAUGGUUCCUGCUGGAACUGCUAGAGAGGCUGAUUUUGGAAGGGAAGUUCCAGCAUUUGAUGUAGAUGCCUCAGUUGUGGAGCCAGAGUUUCACAAGCUUUAUUCCUACUUGUUCGACUAUGAGAAUAUGAAAUAUAAUGCUGAAGAGGCAGACAGACCUAUGCCAACAACAAUUUUUGUUGUAAAUUUUGAUAAAGUUAGAAUGGAUCCUCGGAAUAAGGAUAUUAAUCUUGAUAAUUUAAUGUAUUCAAAACCGAAUCAUUUAACUGAAGAAGAUAUUAAGCAACAAGAGGGAGGUUACAUUUAUCGUUAUCAUUAUAAUGGGGGUGGGGCAUCUCAAGUAUGGCUUGGCUCUGGCAGGUUUGUCGUAAUUGACAUCUCAGCAGGCCCGUGUACAUAUGGAAAAAUUGAAACUGAAGAAGGAAGUGUUAGCUCAAAGACCCUUCCGCGCUUACGGAAUGCGAUGUUUCCUAAAAGCUCGAUUGCUGCCAAUGAACAUGCUACCACUCAUGACAACUUUGUUGGCCAACUUUCUGCCUUGAUUGGCAUCACAGUUCAGCAUGUUAUUGCUCCAGAUGUCAGGUUUGAAACUGUAGAUCUUGCAACAAGGUUGCUUAUACCAAUAAUUGUGCUACAAAAUCAUAACCGUUAUAAUAUUAUGGAGAAGGGCAAGAACUACAGUAUAGACAUUGAAGCCAUCGAGUCCGAGGUUAGGAAGAUGGUACACAAAGGAGAAGAUGUAGUGAUCGUUGGUGGUUCUCAUUCUUUACAUCUCCAUGAGAAAUUGGCGAUCGCUGUUUCAAAAGCUAUGCGUGGUCAUUCCCUCCAAGAAACAAAAAAAGAUGGGCGUUUCCAUGUGCAUACAAAGACGUAUCUUGAUGGGGCAAUCCUUAAAGAGGAAAUGGAACGAUCUGCAGAUGUACUAGCAGCUGGUUUGCUUGAGGUCUCUGAGCCAUCCCUUUCUGAUAAAUAUUUUGUCCGUCAGCACUGGAUGGAUGAGACAGAUGGUGUAAGUGAUUCAAUUUUAAAGCAUAAACCUAUAUGGGCUCCUACACUUAAGUCUCAAAGGAAGAAAGCUAAAACAGUUCAAAAGAAACAAGGGGACCUGCAUCGUACCUACGGAACAAGAGUUGUUCCUGUCUUUGUAUUAUCAUUAGCUGAUGUAGAUCCACACCUUAUGAUGGAUGAUGAAAGCCUUCUGUGGACAAGCAACGAUGUCGUUAUUGUACUUCAACAUCAAAGUGACAAGAUCCCUCUAAGUUAUGUCUCGGAGAUGGAGAGAAGGCAUGUUGUUCCAUCACAAGCGCAGCGCCAUAUAGUGGCUGGACUAGCUUCUGUUGUGGGUGGAUUAAGUGCACCAUAUGAAAAAGUUUCUCAUAUUCAUGAAAGACCGGUUGUUAAUUGGCUCUUGGCAGCUGGUUGUCAUCCGUUUGGACCAUUUUCUAAUGCUUCCCGGGUCAGUCAAUUGCUUCAAGAUGUUGCAUUGAGGAACACAAUAUAUGCUCGCGUUGAUUCUGCUCUUCAUAGGAUUCGAGAGAUGUCAGAGUCUGUACAAGCUUUUGCUGGAGAGUAUCUGAGAACCCCCCUUGGUGAACCUGUAAAAGGCAAAAAGAAUAAGACAAACACGGAGCUAUGGUUGGAAAAGUUCUACAAAAAGGAAACAAACUUACCCGAACCAUUCCCUCACGAACUAGUCGACAAGCUCGAGAAGUAUUUGGAUGGUCUUGAAGAACAGCUUGUAGAUUUGUCUUCUUUACUGUAUGAUCAUCGUCUACAGGAUGCGAAUGUUAACAGCACAGAAAUUCUUCAAACUGCUAUUUUCACACAGCAGUAUGUGGAGCAUGUACUGGAGUAUGAGAAGGAAAAAAUGAGAUGCUGCGAGAUCAAGUACAGGUCCCCAAAGCAAUCAACGUCACAAAGUCUGAUGUAUGCUGGGAUUCUAAUAGCAGGUCUUUUUGUUUAUUUUGUUGUUAUCUUCUUUUCAUCUCCUGUUAGGUAACUUAUGCCUGAAAAUGUAUUUACCUUCACCUUUAGCUUGAUCGAUUUGUAAAAGAGCGAAUAUAUUAUAAACUUUUUUGAAAAAAAAUACCGAUUUCUGAAAA